AUGACAUCUAUGCUGAAGGUAGCACUGGUUGGAUUGGGCGUGGUGAACGGAGCACAGGCAUGGGGUUCGUUGGGCCACUCCACUGUCGCGUAUGUCGCUCAACAUUACGUCUCUUCCAGCACCGCAUCGUGGGCAAAGAGCGUUCUCGGAAAUACCAACAGCUCAUACCUGGCCGAUAUCGCCUCCUGGGCCGACCAGUACCGCCUCACAAGCGCAGGCAAAUGCUGCAACGUCGACUACGAACGUGACUGCGGAGACUCCGGGUGCUCCAUUUCCGCCAUCGCCAACUACACUCAGCGCGUGGGCGACGGCAGCCUGAGCUCCGAGAAUGUCGCAGAAGCCCUCAAGUUCCUCGUCCACUUCCUCGGCGACAUAACCCAGCCCCUCCACGACGAGGCCUACGAGGUGGGCGGAAAUAACAUCGAUGUUACCUUCAAUGGCUACAAGGAUAAUUUGCAUUCUGAUUGGGAUACAUAUAUACCCGAGCAGCUGGUCGGCGGGGACUCGCUCGACGAUGCGCAGUCGUGGGCCAAAAACCUCAUCAAGAAAAUUGAUUCGGGCGAAUUCUCGUCCCACGCUGCUAGCUGGGUUGACGGGGAUGAUAUUAGCGAUCCUAUCGCGGCUGCUACGCGCUGGGCGUCGGAUGGCAAUGCGUUGGUCUGCACUGUUGUGAUGCCUGAUGGCGCCGCUGCCCUACAAAAGGGUGACCUCUACCCAACCUAUUACAAUUCUGUGAUCGAUACCAUCGAGCUGCAAAUUGCGAAGGGCGGGUACCGUCUAGCUAACUGGCUCAACAUGAUCUACAAAUCCGAAAUUGCCAAGCGUGAUCUUGGGGGUCUCGUCAAGGGUCGAGACGCAGUCGCAGAGCCCGAUCUCUCUGGUACCAGCUUCCUGCCGCGGCCGCGCCCUUUGAGUCGGGCUAAGCUGGCCAGGGAUGCAAUGCAUGGAGAUUGCUGUACUUCUGGCAGACAUGCUCAUUGA